AUGGCCGGGCAGGGUUCCGAGAGCAUCAACCUGGAGACGCUGGAUACCCAGCAACUCAGCCAGGUCAAAAAGCAGUUGGAGGAGGAACUUGAGCACUUAACAAACUCGUUCGCCCAGCUGCACAGCGCGCAGGCCAGGUUCAAGGAGUGCCUUCGUUGUGUCAAGGCCCGACCUGGUGCUGGUGAUGGCGACAAGUCUGUCCUGGUACCUUUGACCAACUCACUCUAUGUACCUGGGGAGCUCUCGGAUCCAAAGCACGUCAUCGUCGACGUGGGCACGGGAUUCUACGAUGCUGAAUCUGCUGAACGUUUCUACGAGGCUAAGGUCCAGAACUUGAUGAAUAACAUCCAGGACCUCGAGGUGAUCGUGCAGCGGAAGACAACAAACGUGCGGAGUGUAGAGGAUGUAUUAAGGCUGAAGGUUUUGCAAACUCAAGCAGUAUAA